AUGUCCCAGCGAGCAGAUGCUUCCCAGUGUGGAGGGGUUGUGGUCGAGUUUGAGCCCGACGACAUCAGAGAUGCAAGAGCAAAUAGAAAUAGGAGUAUACCAGGUUCAGCUCUUAUCUACCUCAAGGGUCCCAAGUUUCUCAUCUAUGUCAGUGGAGCAUUGUCAAUGUGGGGUGACCGCAUGUGGCACUUUGCAAUUUCUGUGUUCCUGAUUGAGCUCUACGGCCGUAACCUGCUGUUGACUGCAGUGUUUGGGUUGGUAGUGGCUGGGUCAGUGCUCCUUCUAGGGGCUUUGAUUGGAGACUGGGUUGAUCGCAAUCCCAGGAAUAAAGUUGCACAUGCAUCUCUUUUCAUUCAGAACAUCUCAGUGACAGUAUGUAGCAUUGUGCUCAUGUUGGUGUUCUCAUAUAAGCAAAGGAUUGAACAGAUCUGGGAUGGAUGGCUUACUGUGGUUUGUUAUACGGUGGUGAUCGUCCUGGCAGAUGUGGCAAACCUUGCAAGCACAGCACUGACCAUUGCCAUUCAGAGGGACUGGAUUGUGGUUAUCACAGGCUACAACCGAGGUCACCUAGCCGGAAUGAAUGCGACCAUGAGGCGGAUAGAUCAGGUGACUAACAUCCUGGCCCCACUAGCCGUGGGACAGGUCAUGACCCUGGCCUCCAAUGUAGUUGGCUGUGGCUUCAUCCUGGGCUGGAACCUUGUGUCUCUCAUUGUGGAGUUCUUCUUCUUGUCCCGGGUUUACCGCAUCGUCCCUGCUCUUUCAGUCAAACCACCAGUGGUGGAGGUGGAUCAGGUGGAUCUGCAGAGGCUGGAGAGGAGAAAGUCACAAGGGGAAGAUAAUGUUGCACAACCUCAACCUCUGACCGAAGGUAACUGCAACACAGGCCUGCACAUAAAAGAAAUCCCCAACCUGCCACUGUGUUUCCGGAGGUUUCGCUGGUUGGUGAGCACCUGCAAGGACGGCUGGAGGGCCUACUAUCGCCAGCCUGUCUUCUUGGCAGGAAUGGGUCUGGCUUUCCUCUACACCACAGUGCUGGGUUUUGACUGCAUCACCACUGGCUAUGCCUACACGCAGGGCAUAAGCGGCUCUCUCCUUAGUCUGCUGAUGGGUGUAUCGGCCAUUACAGGGCUGUUGGGCACUGUGAUGUUCACCAGACUCAGGAAGUCCUACGGCCUGGUUAACACAGGCAUCAUCUCAAGCUGCCUCCACCUGGGCUGCUUGCUGCUGUGUGUGUGCUCUGUGUUUGCCCCUGGCAGCCCUAUGGAUCUUAGCUUGCUGAUGCCCUACAUUACCUCCAACUCCUCCACUGAGCUCGGAGGGAUGGCAAGCCAAAGGCAAAAACACACUUACUCUCUGAGGGGAAGCAGCAAUCAGCCACUGCUACCCGACCGCUCCUCCAUCCACUGGACCAACAACACUGUGCUCUUUGACAACGUUCCCUCUGACACGGCGCCAGAAUCGUACAUCUCCAUUAUCCUUCUGUUCUUGGGUGUCAUCACAGCACGCAUUGGUCUCUGGUCCUUCGACCUGACAGUGACCCAGCUCCUGCAGGAGAACAUCUGUGAGUCAGAGAGGGGUGUAGUAAACGGGGUGCAGAGCUCUAUGAAUUACCUGAUGGAUCUGCUUCACUUCAUCAUGGUGAUCUCUGCUCCACAGCCACAGCACUUUGGCAUCCUAGUUAUCAUUUCUGUAUUAUUCAUCACCACUGGGCACACAAUGUACUUCCUGUAUGCACACAAAGUCAAGAGGAAACGCCUUCACGACACAUAA